GAAUCGCAGGCCGCUCAAGCGCUUUUCGAAUAGCCAUGGCGAUGAUGCGGACCAGGACCAAAAGCCGAGGUAUGUGCCUCUGCCUUCUCGGGAUUGCAUUGGCGCUGCUCGUGCAGCCGAGCACGGACUUUGCUCGAGGAGUUCCUGGGCUGAAGGAGCAUGCAAAACGGCACCCGUUGCAUGCCGGAGUCGCUCGGCGCGCCGGGGCUGCGCAAGAGGACAACAGUGGCCAGGACCGGCGCGAUCUCGAGGAGGUGAUUUCAGAAGCUGAACGGGUGCUGAACACAUCGGCGACGAAGAAAGACAUGCAAGUGGUCAUGCGCCGCUUUAGCAGCACAUUGGUUGCAGCAGGGAAGUGGAAUGAUUUGGCGACUAAGCCUGAGUUAAAGCAGCAGCUAAAGAAGUUUGUGGCAGAGGCCAAGGCAGCCCUAAAGGCCUUGGAAGAGGACCUGCUCCUGGCGCGACAGCAGCAAGUGAGCGCCCAGCGGCAGGUUGAGACUGCCCAGCAGCAGGUGGAGAUGGUGAUGAAGAGUCUGGUUAAAGCCGCCGCCAGAUUGGAGAAGGCGGAGGAAUCAGGCACCAAGGAGGAGGUCAAGGAGGCCAAGGAGGAGGUCAAGGAGGCCAAGGAGGAGGUGGAGAAGGCGGAGAGGAAGGUGGAGAGGGCGAAGAAGGAGGUGGAGAGGGCGAAGAAGGAGGUCAAGGAGGCGAAGGCAAGCGGCCGGACGAAGGAGUCCGAGGCAAGCGGGAUUAAGGAUGACCCAGAUGCCACGGCGUUCAUCCAGGAGCUGGUCAACGCCAAGCCCAAGGACCUCGGCGAAGGCGUGCAGGUCUUCGACCUCAAGACGUGCCUGCCCGCAGAGCCCUACGACCUGAGCGGGAGGAAGCUGCUGACGCGGAACACGACGCGCCAGGCCUGGCAGGCCACCUUUGAGCUGUUGAAGAACGGCACGAGGCGCGUGGCCAUGCUGGGGAUCCCCGGCAUCGGCAAGAGCAGGUCCCUGGCGCUGGGCCUGUGGCACCUGGUGUCGGGCGAGCGCCCGGAGUGGAUCAAGACGCCCGAGGCCAUUGUCUACGAGGCCCGGGAGGGCCUCAAGGUCUUCAUUUUCACCAACAAGGACGGUGACUGGAAGGCGCAGAGCAUAGCAUUGGAGGACUGGAAGCCAGGUUCCUGCGAGCACCUGCAAGUGAAGUACAACUGGUAUUUGGUGGAUACCUACGGCAAGGAGACCACGGGGAAGCUGCCGGCCAAGACGGUGAAGGCCUGCAGCCCCGACAGGGAACACUACUCCAACUUCAUCAAAGAUGGUGGACACUGUGUCUAUGUGGAGGCAUGGCAAAAGGGGGAGCUGAAGGUGGCCUAUCCGUGUUUCGAGGAUGUGAAAGUGAGUGAGAGCACUUUGCUUGAUAGAUUCGAGCAGGUUGGAGGCACCCUUCGCACCCUUUUGGCCAAAGAAGGCUCUUAUGAGGAUGCCGUGAAGCAGCAGAAGACCGACGCGAAGGACUUCGCAACAGUGCGACGCGCCUUGGGUGGAGAUUUGGACAGCAUUGGGACGAAGCUGCCAAGCAGGCUCUUCACAUUCCGUACCGAAAAUGGGAUCUCUUGCACUGUCGCUGUAUGCUCCCCGAAAGCUAGAGAGCUUCUUGCACAGGAGCACUAUGCCGAGCUUGUGAAUUUGUGGAAGGACGAAAGUGACCCAAAAUCAAGAUAUUGGCUGGAAGAAUUUGUUGGGGUUUGGCUGACCACAUCAUGGUGUGACAAGCGGCUUGAGCCCUGGAUGAUAACGUAUGCAGGCAAGUGGGAGCACAAGAAGGGCAAAGAUCUGGUAGUGCCUGCUUUGAAAUUGCUGCAUUGUGAUGUCAACGACAUUUUCAACAGCAGAUGGCUCCAAGCCGUAAAGCGCAGAGGCACGGAGAAAUGCCUUGUGCACAGCCCAGAACGGUACCCAGGCAUCGACUACCUGCUCGACUUCAACCACGGCAUCUCUGUGACACUCUCUCCGAAGCACAGCAUCGCAGAAGGGUUUGCGAAGAGGUUGCGCGACAUUUUCAAAGAUUGCAAGGGACAACACAGUUUCACCCUCACUUUUUUGGCUCCGGGAGCUCCGAGCAAAUUCGUCCCGAGUGCAGAGUUUAACCGCUUAAUGGCCUUGGCGCAAGGGCCAGACAGAGUGUUCCAGAAUGUGUAUGUACAGGCCGUGCAAAUUCCGAAGACGCUAGACAGCCUGUCAGAAGCCUGACAUCCUGAAGACAGUGCG